GCCUAGCUUAUGUCUAUCAUACCCAAGACGGACGACAACAUUCUUCAGUCUUUGAUCAUACCGAUGUUGUAGCAGGGCAUAAAACAAGGCGUUCGGUCAGUAGACGAAUUGUAGUAAACUAUUAGGGCCUAGAAUAAAUCUGCACUGAUAGAUUUUUGCCUUUCGUGAACAAAAGCUUUAAAAAAAUGUUGACGUCAAAUCCCAGCAUUCGCGUUAUAGGACAUUCCUUACGCAGAUUUUCCACGAGCCUACGCCAAGGAACUAAAACAGACUCCACAGACUUGAGAGACCCAAGUGCAAGGCAGAGGUUCAAAUCCUUUGCAGACCCUGCGGCCGAAGAUCCGACCCCAAGCAUGAUCUUCAAGUACGCCACCCUAGCCGGCUUUGUGGGCGUGAUCCUCCCUGUGUGGUACCACGCCUACUUCAUGGGCGAGCAGCACAGAGAGAGGGACGAGUUUGUCCCCUGGCCACAUCUCCGACUCAGGAACAGGUCCUUCCCCUGGGGCGAUGGGAACCACAGCCUGUUCCACAACCACUACUACAACGCCCUCCCGGACGGUUAUGAUGAGGAUGAUGAGCCAUGCUGAGAUAUUAGUAUAAUUUGUUUUACGACGCGAUGGAAUCAGGCGCUCGUCAAUUUUGGGGCAUGUGGAGUUAUUGGUAUCAUCUGAAAGCUGAUUC